CCUUAACAUUAACCUUGAUUGGUGUUAAAGAUUAUGGCCCGAAUAGAUUUUGGUGUUAUAGUGCUCCAAAUGAUCCAAUAACACCAUUAGUAUCAACUCUUUUAAUUCUUUCUAUAUUAUUAGUUACUUCAUUUUGUUAUGUUAUGACUUUGUUAGAAGUUAAUAUCCAACAAAAAAAAAUUCAAAAACUUGGUUCUGAUAGUUCUGGUAUUAAUCGCAUUGAUCUUAUUGUUGUAAAAAAAAUUAUUGGUUAUGUUCUAAUAUUUAUUAUAGAAUGGAUUCCUUCAAUGAUCUAUUUCAUAACUCAGAUGUACGAUAAUAUAUGGAUUUACGCUGUAUCUGUAGCUGCUAUACAUUUUGGUGGUGUAGGAAAUGCGAUUCUUUAUACU